AUGAAACUAUUGACGGCAAUUCUUCUGAUAUGGCAAAUAAAAAGCGGAAAAAGUGUAAAGUAUAUAAAAAAUAGUGACAAAUACACAAAUCACAACAAAAGAGGUUUUUCCAAGACAAGAGAUCUAUGGUCGAUAACUGAUUUUAAAAACGUUUCAAAAACAUAUAAUCUUACAACUAAAGCCACAAAUAAUUCAUCGACAUCAAGUUUGCCAACUACACAAACAGUGAUUCCAUUCUCAUCAUCAUCUUAUUCGACAAAUAAGAACACAACUAUCACCAACGUCUCAACGCAAAUUACUCCGAGUUCAAAAAAUAAUAUCACUUCAAUGUCCAAACCAAAUACAACUUUAAUUUCGACACAAAACUCUAUUACAAGCAAAGCAUCAACUCAUUCAAAUAAUCAUACGGAUUCAAUUAAACCAACGCAAAGAAACAAUUCUUACUCAGGAAAUAAAUCAAGCACAAUCAAAUCGUCAAGUACUUCUACGUGGAAUUUAUCUACAACAAAAAGUUUUUCAACGACAAGUAAUCUAUCUUCGACAUUUGUUUCUAAAAAUGCCUCUAUAACAUAUAAUCUUACAACUAAAGCCACAAAUAAUUCAUCGACAUCAAGUUUGCCAACUACACAAACAGUGAUUCCAUUUUCAUCAUCAUCUUAUUCGACAAAUAAGAACACAACUAUCACCAACGUCUCAACGCAAAUUACUCCGAGUUCAAAAAAUAAUAUCACUUCAAUGUCCAAACCAACUACAACUUUAAUUUCGACACAAAACUCUAUUACAAGCAAAGCAUCAACUCAUUCAAAUAAUCAUACGGAUUCAAUUAAACCAACGCAAAGAAACAAUUCUUACUCAGGAAAUAAAUCAAGCACAAUCAAAUCGUCAAGUACUUCUACGUGGAAUUUAUCUACAACAAAAAGUUUUUCAACGACAAGUAAUCUAUCUUCGACAUUUGUUUCUAAAAAUGCCUCUAUAACAUAUAAUCUUACAACUAAAGCGACAAAUAAUUCAUCGAAAUCAAAUUUGCCAACUACACAAACAGUGAUUCCAUUUUCAUCAUCAUCUUAUUCGACAAAUAAGAACCCAACUAUCACCAACGUCUCAACGCAAAUUACUCCGAGUUCAAAAAAUAAUAUCACUUCAAUGUCCAAACCAACUACAACUUUAAUUUCGACACAAAACUCUAUUACAAGCAAAGCAUCAACUCAUUCAAAUAAUCAUACGGAUUCAAUUAAACCAACGCAAAGAAACAAUUCUUACUCAGGAAAUAAAUCAAGCACAAUCAAAUCGUCAAGUACUUCUACGUGCAAUUUAUAUACACCAAAAUGUUUUUCAACGACAAGUAAUCUAUCUUCGACAUUUGUUUCUAAAAAUGCCUCUAUAACAUAUAAUCUUACAACUAAAGCCACAAAUAAUUCAUCGACAUCAAGUUUUACAACUACACAAACAGUGAUUCCAUAUUCAUCAUCUUAUUCAACAAAUAAGAACACAACUAUCACCAACGUCUCCACGCAAACUACUCCGAGUUCAAAAAAUAAUAUCACUUCAAUGUCCAAACCAACUACAACUUUAAUUUCGACACAAAACUCUAUUACAAGCAAAGCAUCAACUCAUUCAUAUAAUCAUACGGAUUCAAUUAAACCAACGCAAAGAAACAAUUCUUACUCACGAAAUAAAUCAAGCACAAUCAAAUCGUCAAGUACUUCUACGUGGAAUUUAUCUACAACAAAAAGUUUUUCAACGACAAGUAAUCUAUCUUCGACAUUUGUUUCUAAAAAUGCCUCUAUAACAUAUAAUCUUACAACUAAAGCCACAAAUAAUUCAUCGACAUCAAGUUUUACAACUACACAAACAGUGAUUCCAUAUUCAUCAUCUUAUUCGACAAAUAAGAACACAACUAUCACCAACGUCUCCACGCAAACUACUCCGAGUUCAAAAAAUAAUAUCACUUCAAUGUCCAAACCAACUACAACUUUAAUUUCGACACAAAACUCUAUUACAAGCAAAGCUUCAACUCAUUCAAAUAAUCAUACGGAUUCAAUUAAACCAACGCAAAGAAACAAUUCUUACUCAAGAAAUAAAUCAAGCACAAUUAAAUCGUCAAGUACUUCUACAUGGAAUUUAUCUACAACAAAAUGUUUUUCAACGACAAGUAAUCUAUCUUCGACAUUUGUUUCUAAAAAUGCCUCUAUAACAUAUAAUCUUACAACUAAAGCCACAAAUAAUUCAUCGACAUCAAGUUUUACAACUACACAAACAGUGAUUCCAUAUUCAUCAUCUUAUUCGACAAAUAAGAACACAACUAUCACCAACGUCUCCACGCAAACUACUCCGAGUUCAAAAAAUAAUAUCACUUCAAUGUCCAAACCAACUACAACUUUAAUUUCGACACAAAACUCUAUUACAAGCAAAGCAUCAACUCAUUCAAAUAAUCAUACGGAUUCAAUUAAACCAACGCAAAGAAACAAUUCUUACUCAGGAAAUAAAUCAAGCACAAUCAAAUCGUCAAGUACUUCUACGUGGAAUUUAUCUACAACAAAAAGUUUUUCAACGACAAGUAAUCUAUCUUCGACAUUUGUUUCUAAAAAUGCCUCUAUAACAUAUAAUCUUACAACUAAAGCCACUAAUAAUUCAUCGACAUCAAGUUUUACAACAACACACAACGUGAUUCCAUUUUCAUCAUCUUAUUCGACAAAUAAGAACACAACUAUCACCAACGUCUCCACGCAAAUUACUCCGAGUUCAAAAAAUAAUAUCACUUCAAUGUCCAAACCAACUACAACUUUAAUUUCGACACAAAACUCUAUUACAAAAAACAAAGCAUCAACUCAUUCAAAUAAUCAUACGGAUUCAAUUAAACCAACGCAAAGAAACAAUUCUUACUCAGGAAAUAAAUCAACAUCAAAAAUCGUCAAGUACUUCUACGUGGAAUUUAUCUACAACAAAAAGUUUUUUCACGACAAGUAA